AUGUCACGGGGUAGUCGUGGUCGAGAUGGAGCUUCCUCUGGAUUACGGGCGGUUGCAAAUGCAUUGGGUAUUGCCCGGAAUGAAAUGAGCACAUAUACAAAAGUGGUCUUGGAGUCACAACCUACUUACCCGCCGGUUUCGCAGAUGGUUUUACCUCUCGAGAAAACAGAUGAAUUGCAAUACAUGGCUGAAUUACGACAAGAACUGCUCACUCGGUUUCACGAAUCAUCUUUUUAUUUCGAUGUAAAGGAACGAAAUUCUGAAUUUAAACGAUAUACAGACAAGUAUAGAGAAAUUGAGAAGGAAGAACUGCGACCAGAUUGGUCACGACUUCCGGAUGAAUUAUGCUGGAAAAAAAAGGUUGGCAGAUCAGUGAAGAAGAAACGGAAAAUAGUUGAUGAGGGGAAUUAUGAAGUUGUUGAAAAACUAUCAAAACUUGAGGAAAGAGAAAAGUUAGGUAGCCCUGAAAUUGAAACCCAGGAAGUUGUUGACGAAAAUGAUGAAGAAAGUGAAAAGGAGGAACAAAACAACGAAAAUGAAGAACAGGAAGCAUUAUCGGAUGAUGAUUAUCAAGAAGAAGAUAAUGAUUAUAUUCACUCUUAUUUCGAUAAUGGUGAAAAUUACGGUGAUAUUGGCUCGGAUGAUAAUUUAGAUGAAGAUAAUGCAUUUUAA